CUUGGCUGGUGGCUGGGGGAGUGCGGGGAGGACUGCGCGGCGCUCGCGCAACAAAUCCCCAGGCCCGAGCCGAGCAGAGGAAAGGGGAUGCCGAGGAGGCGGCGACCCGGAGGAGGACCCGAAGGCGGAGGGCCCCAAGCGGGAGGACCGGCCCCGACCAUGUCCGCGUCCGCGUCCGCGUCCGCGUCCGCGCCUUCCCCGCCCGCCGGCGAGCCGCCGUCCCCGCCGCCGGUGCCCGGGCUGUUCUACUGCUUCGAGUGCGGGAGGACGGCCGACCUGCACGGGCCGCUGCCCGCCCCGCCCUCCUCGCCGCACCGCGUCUGCCCGAACUGCUGCCGCGGAUUCCCCGAGGACUCUUCCCCUCCCCCUCCUACUGCUUCUCCGCCGACGCCGACGCCGCCGCCCCAGCCCGUGCUGCUCUACUGCUGCGAGUGCGGGGCCACGGUCGACCUGCACGGGCCGCCGCCCGCCCCGCCCGCCUCGUCGCACCGCGUCUGCCCGAGCUGCUGCCGCGGAUUCCUCGAGGAGAACCCCCCUCCGCCGCCGCCGCCCUUCCCCGGCUCCGGCUCCGGCUCAUCCUCCUCCUCCGAGCUCUCCGACGACCCCGACGACGACGACGACGACGACCUCCUCAGCUCGGGCUUCGAGUCCGCGCGCGAGUUCAUCCGCCGCUUCGUCAGACACGUGCCCCACGACGGGGCCCUCGUCGGCGACUUCGCCGCGGUCGCCGCCAUGUCCGCGCUCCCGGACCAACCCCACCGCACCGGAGUGGGGGCCGCCGUACUCCACGGCCAGCUCGGCCUCCCCCCGGCCCCCGCCGCCGCCAGGGGUGGGGAGCCCCCCGCCCCUACCGCGUCCAUCGCCGCGCUGCCCACGGUCGAGGUCGCCGAGCCCGCCGUAGCCUGCGCCAUCUGCAAGGAGGACCUGCCCCUCGCCUCCCAGGCGCGGAAGCUCCCCUGCGCCCACCUCUACCACUCCUCCUGCAUCGUCACCUGGCUCGAGAUGCACAACUCCUGCCCCGUCUGCCGCUUCCGCAUCCCCUCCUCGGAGGGGGCCGCGCCGGUUCAGCAGGACUCGCCGUCCACGCGGAUCACCAUCCGCUUCACGACCACCACCCGCCGCCGCGGCCGCGUACACGCUGGUGCGCCGGUGGCUGCUCCGGUCUCGGCGUCGCCCACGCAGCUUGCGCAGGCUGUCACCGGGGACGGAGCUGGUGGACCUGCCAAUAGCGGCGAGACUGUGUCGUCGGAGUGGCCUCCGCACCCCGAGUCCGAUGCAGUCAUGUCGGAGGCCCGCGAGGGGGAUGGCUUUUUUGAUUGAGCCAGAGGUUCCUAUUAUCAGGUCAUAAGGUAGCUGUUGUUAGCUGUCAGCCAACAAGAGUAGAAAGGAGUCCAGCAUAUGCUGGUUUGUCAUGUUCCUGUCGAUAAGCAUGUUGUUACAUGCUGAACUAAGUUGUGCUAUGAGGAUACCAAGGGCAUUCGUUGCAUGGGUUCUCCGUGUGUUGUAUAUUGGUUAAACUUAUUUCGUAAUUAAUAAAUACAAUUAUGUACAGUUGGUGGUGUAUACUUUCCCCUUUUGGUAGAUAAAUAUGGGGGGUAAUGUUUUGGCCUAGAUUAUACUCUAGUUAGGAUGGGACAGUAGCAUUGUAGCAAGAAAGUUUUGGCCUCUGAUGCUAUGGUUGUUUGAUGUGGAGGUAAGGUUUCAUCUGGUCGAAUUAACGAUGCAUCCUUCAGCAUGCAAUGACAUGCCUUAUUUGUUUGGUGGUUACUUGUAACUGUUGCAAACAGAUUUGAAUGCCGGCACUUGAGCUGGUCUGACCACUUGAGAAAUGUAUGAGUACAAAAUGCUUCAAUGGAUUCGAAUAAAAGGAUGUGGGAUUCUCUCGA